AUGGCAAGCCCUGCAACGUUGACAGAUUUCACCAAGAUUCCUUCGAUGCCUGGAGUGUCUCCAAUGACCCCAGAUCAAGCUAAAGGCGGGUUCUGGUCGUCGAAUCCAAUCUCUAGUUUUUGCAUUGAUGCGUACAGAAACGUUCAUGCUCAUAGACAGUCACUGUCACUGGUGAACCCCGGUACAGUGGAAAAUCUCAACAAAGAAGUCGCCCGUGAUGUGUUUCUGUCACAGUACUUUUUUACUGGUUUGCGAGCCGAUCUCAAUAAGGCAUUCUGUUUGAAUCCAGCGUUUCAAACUUCUCACACUUUCUCAAUGGGGUCCAGUGCCCUGCCAAGCUAUGCGUUCUCCGCUUUGUUUGCAGAUGACAACCUGUUUGUUCAAGGUAACCUUGAUAACGAAUUCUCACUGUCCGGAAGAUUGAACUACGGUUGGAAUAAGAACAACAUUUCUAAAGUCAACCUACAGUUGGCUCACGGACAGCCAACUAUGUGUCAAUUGGAGCAAGACUAUCAAGGCUCUGAUUUCUCAUUAAACUUCAAGACUUUGAACCCAUCGAUCUCUUCCAAGGGCUUGUUCAAUGGCGUUGCUGUAGGUUCCAUAUUACAGAGCAUCACCCCACAACUAUCGCUAGGUUUGGAACUUUUGUACUCCAGAGGCCAAGGAAACGCGCCAGCCGACGCUGGCGUGUCAUAUUUGACCCGUUAUGUCUCUGCUAAGCAAGAUUGGAUUUUCUCGGGUCAAAUGCAGGCGAACGGUGCCCUGAUUGCCUCUUUUUGGAGGAAAGUGGCUCCUAACGUCGAGGCAGGUAUUGAAACCACUCUACAGGCAGGUAUGGUCCCAAUCACCGACCCAGUUGUCGGUACGUCGAUUGGUAUUCAACCAACUAUCGAAGGUUCCACUACCAUUGGCGCCAAGUACGAAUACAGGCAAUCUGUUUACCGUGGUACCGUCGACAGUAACGGUAAGGUUGCUUGCUUCCUAGAGAGAAAGAUCCUGCCCACUUUGUCAGUGUUGUUCUGCGGUGAAAUUGAUCAUUUCAAGCAAGAGAGCAAAUUGGGAUGCGGUUUGCAAUUUGAAACUGCCGGUAACGAGGAACUGUUAAUGAUGCAACAAGGUUUGGAUGUCAAUGGCAACCCACUGCAGGCUCCAUCUCAAGUUUAA